UCUGCUUCCCCCUCCGUUCUCCUGGAUCGCCACCCCUCCUUCGGAGAAGCUUCAUCGUAUUCUCUAACGUUUCGAACCUCAACUAGACUAUAUUUUCAGAACGUUUCAAUUUUGGCUAGCUGCGUUACUUCUAUUUCAUCAUACGUUUUAUAUAUCGUCUUGCUUUGUUCGUACUUUUUUCCGUAAUGUUAUAACUCAUCGUUCUCCUUCUCUUUUCCCUUUUCUUCCUAUCUCGUUCUCAACAAGGUUUUCUCUCUCUCUCUCUCUCUCUCUCUCUCUAUAUAUAUAUAUAUAUAUAUAUAUAUACACAUAUAUAUAUAUCUAUCUAUCUCUAUCCUUCCGUACGUACGUACGCGUACGCACGAACACACACACGCAUACAUUUAUGUACGUAUACGUAUACGGAGGUACCGGGUAAAGAAUAAUCGUCGCGCGACUUUACGUAUUCUCGCGCACAUUACGGACGUUUCCAGGCUCCAGGAUGCAGGCUAUCAAGUGCGUGGUUGUCGGUGACGGAGCUGUGGGUAAAACGUGCCUCUUGAUAAGUUAUACCACCAAUGCAUUCCCGGGAGAAUAUAUCCCAACGGUAUUUGACAACUAUUCUGCAAACGUGAUGGUGGAUGGAAAGCCCAUUAACCUAGGUCUAUGGGAUACUGCUGGUCAGGAAGAUUAUGACAGAUUAAGACCAUUAUCCUAUCCACAGACAGAUGUAUUUUUGAUUUGUUUCUCGUUGGUAAAUCCUGCAAGUUUUGAGAAUGUUCGUGCCAAAUGGUAUCCAGAGGUACGUCAUCACUGUCCUGCCACUCCAAUUAUUUUGGUAGGCACUAAAUUGGAUCUACGUGAGGACAAAGAAACUAUCGAGCGUCUUAAAGAUAAGAAAUUGGCACCUAUUACUUAUCCUCAGGGUUUGGCAAUGGCGAAAGAGAUAGGUGCUGUUAAAUAUUUAGAGUGUUCUGCUUUAACGCAGAAGGGUUUGAAGACUGUUUUUGAUGAAGCAAUUCGUGCUGUUUUAUGUCCUGUUCUUCAGGUUAAACCAAAACGCAGAUGUUUCCUUCUAUAAUAUUAAUUGUUAUCCUUUGCCUAAUGGUCUGGAGUUCAAUCGAGCAUAUUACCAUUUCAUCUCCAGCCUGUCAAUUUUAAUUGAAUCACUACAAGUUACCGAUCUUCGACCCCAUAGUGCAGUUUGUGUCCAGCUCUGAUAGACUGACAACAACUGCCAUGAAAACGCACAAAUAUCAAUUUGGUGAUUCUUACACUAAAAUAUUAAACUACCAUUGUGGACAAAAUUUACAUUAAUUGGAAAUGCAAACUUAUGCUGUUAUCUCUGGUACUGAAAUUGAACAGAUCAAAGCACUUGUGCCGAUCACAUAAAUUUCCAGUCUAAGCUUUAAUCUCAUAACAAAGAGAAGAAUAAGUAGGCUGGCUAUUCUAGAUAAACAAAGUAUAAAAGAUGCCGAAAGAAGAACUGAUUCUGUACAGUAUGCUAAAGUGUGUUAUUAAUAUUAUGAUUAAUAAUUAUAUAUAAAGGGUAAAAUACAAACAUUGCUAUGUAAUUGUACAAGAGCCCAGAAAUCGAAUACUAAUCAGCUUAAUCAAACGGGAGAGUGAUCCAUGUAUAGUUUGCAGCUGUAUAUACACAUAAAAGAAUAAAAUUUAGAAUUUUAUCUUUAUAAGAGGAGAUACGUUAGCAUGAUCCAUCGAUCAUAGAUAUGUGUUACUGCUACAUAAAUUUAGCUAGAUUGGUUUCUCACUUUAUACGUUGUUUUAGUCCAAUUUUGAAUAUUAUUGCAUUAAAAAAUAAUUAGCCGUAAGAAAAUAUUUUUAAAAUGAUAUCUUAAAUUCAUGAAGAUUUUGUAUAUAUAUAUAAAGUCAGAACUCUCUCUAUAUAUGGAAUUUGAAUUGCUAUGUAAUCGUGAUACCAUAUGCAAUUGCAAACCAUGGAAGAUGCCACACCUUUUUAAUUAAACUGAUCAACAUUUCUCUAUACAUACCAGAGUUUAAAACAGACGAUUGUGUAAGUUUUUGGUGUAUAUGAUAUGAGUAUGUAUGUAAAAUCGAUUUAUUACAUUCUCUGCUUCCUUGUGCUGUUCUUUUUUUUUUUUUUUUUUUUUUCUUUUUUCUUCUUACAGUUUUACUGUAGAAUCUGUUAUUAGUACGCACAGUACAUUGUCUUGAUGUGGGCUGUUUUGCAUACCAGCCAAACAUUAGAGAUACAUACAAUUAAAUGAAAGAAGCAGAGGACAAGUGUAUACAAAAUAAAAUGCAGUAUAAAUGAUUGAGUGUAUGGCAGGUAUGUUAGUUGUGUGAUAAAAAGGGAGCACGAAUGUGUAAGGAUAGAAAAAGAAAAAGAAAAAGAAAAAGAAAAAGAAAAAGAAAAAGGAAAAAAAACAAAAAAAAAAAAACAAAAAACAAAUCUAUAGCAAAUAAUUGUACAUAAAUGCUGAAGUUCAAAUGUAUUCCUAUUAUUAUCACUUAUGUGUAUAAGUCACUGAUCGAAUCUAAAUCGAACGUUACUUGUUUUUUUAUAUAUAUAUUAUAAAUAUAUAUAAAACGGCUGGAUCAAGAUCUAUCUAUUCGAACGUCGUGAAAAGUCCACCCACCAACCUGUGCAAUCUGUCAGGUGGAAUUAGGAUUCGGUCCAUGGAAGGAAAAAAAAGAAAAAAAAAAAAAAAGAAAAGAAGAAAAAAAAAACCAUAAAUACUGUAACUAAAUAUGCUUUAUUAAAUGGGUGUUUAUUAAGCA